AUUGAGAAGUAGAGCAAAAUAAUAAAAAACAAAACAAACAUUUUUGGUACACAAAUAGCCCUUUAGUGGGCAUUAAUUACUAAAUUAACGGUCGGCGACGGCGUCGUCCUCGUCCAACCACGCACCAUCCACCUCCACCUCUUCGGCAAUGGGCAACAAGCAGAUAAAGCAGCACUUGGAGACCGCCCAGAAGACGGGCAUAUUGAAAAUUUCAUUGCAGCGUCUGCAGGAGUUUCCGCCCCAGCUUAAAGCUUAUCCCAAUGUCUUGAAAACUCUGGAUUUGUCGGAAAAUCGCUUUGAACGCAUUCCAGAUGAAUUGGGUAGGCUGACGCUAUUGAAGCAUCUCAAUUUGAGUGGCAAUCGCCUGAUCGAACUCAAUGAGGUCAUCGGCGAGCUAAUCAAAUUGGAAGUCCUUUUGCUAAUGGAUAACAUGUUGACAAAGCUGCCCAAAGCGUUGGCCAAUUGUACACACCUGAAGACGGUCAACUUGAGUAACAAUCAGCUAAAGGAAUUCCCAUCAAUGUUCUGUGGAUUGAAACAAUUAGAUGUUUUAGAUUUAUCGCGGAACAAAAUUACCGAGGUGCCCUCUGAGGUUGGUAAUUUAUAUGUGACCGAAUUGAAUUUGAAUCAAAACCAGAUAUCAUCGCUGGCCGAGGAUGUGGCUGAUUGUCCCAAGUUGAAGACAUUACGCCUGGAGGAGAAUUGCCUACAGGCGAAUGCCUUAACGCCACGAAUCCUAAAGGAAUCGAAAAUUUGCAAUCUGGCCGUUGAUGGGAAUCUAUUCAAUUCGAAACAGUUCACCGAUUUGGAUGGCUAUGAUGUCUAUAUGGAACGGUAUACGGCUGUUAAAAAGAAGAUGUUUUAGCUUAAUUCUAGACCAAGUCCACCUCCUGUAUGCCUGUAUUUUGUUAGUCCCCUCCGCUUCCUCCUCCUCACUGCGAGCACCUAAAUGUGUAUGUGUAUGUAGCUUAAUUUUAUGCAAUUCAGUGUAAAACUAAAUGAAAUAAACACUUCGACAAAGAA